AUGGUGUCACACUCUUCCUCUUGUAAGCUAGUUGUAUUGGUGAUUCUGGCCCUGCAGAUUAAUCUAUUUGCUACAGCGUUUGACGGUGGUGAUGAUGUCAAUAUUGUGCUGAAGUCACCCCAUCAGGCUCCGUCUGAUCAGGACAUGGAGGAGGAACCACUAUCGUGCCAUCGACUGAGGAUGAGCAUUCCACGGCAUUUACAUCCAGAAGCUCUGAAGUCUGGAAGGUGUGCUGGAAUUGAUAACCAAGGAGGAAUCUGGUCAUGCCCUCAGGACCGCCAACCAAAACGCAGUGAUUUCCACUUUGGAUUGCACUGUGAGGAUAUGGAGUUGUUGUUUUCAUUGUACAGCGCAGAUGAAAUGGCGGGUCUUCCGCAAGACAUUUUUGGGUUUGACUAUCAGUCAUGGUGCAAGUGCCCCAAUAACAACAACAAUGUCAUUGACAAUAACACCAACGGCAAUGCUCACAACAGCAACAACAACUUGGGUUGCGAUCUAUGCACUAACGGAAUGAUUCUGAAUCAAAAUGUUCAGGACAGUAUUUUUAAUGGUGAAACUGCUGCUGAUAAAAGGUUCCAGCUUACUUGUGCGGAAGCCGCCGAAUAUGCCCGGUAUAUUACCAAUGAAGAAAGGAUAAUAUGA